CUUUUCCUUCUCUCUCUCUUUUCUUUCGCUCACAUCAAAAGCCCUUUCUUUCUUUCGCCAUUUGACGAUAGCCUAAGCGCGCCUAUUGCGUGCACACAAGUUUAACCAUGUCGCUUACAGCAUCACGAUCCGAUACUACUAGCACCGCCGCAAGACGAGCAAGCAGGAUAGCAGCACCGCCUGUCCCACGCAUCCCUACCACUUAUCUGAAAAGAGCUUCUGCCACAGCAGCAACAACGACAACAACCGCAACUUCCCCUGUAACGACGACGAAACGAAGCAGCAUAGCAUCUUCAGGAGGCGCAUCAUCGUCUUCUUCAGCAUCGAGUCGUCGCACCAGUGCCUCAAGCAAUGGAACAACCAUCUUUUCGGCUCCUCUGCCUAAAUACAGCCACAUUAAAAGCAAGGUUGGCAGUAAAGACAACAUUAAGCACAAGCCAGGCGGAGGUACUUCUCGCAUUGACGAUUAUAAUGUGACAUCACCACGAUCUCUGUCGCGCAACAGCAGCGUGAAAAGUCCCAAUUCAACUUCAUCGUCCGUUUCGGAACCUACGCGUCGCAAGCGGGUGGAUUACAGUAAGGUGAAAUCCAAAAUCGGAUCUCUCGACAAUGCCAAACACAAACCAGGCGGAGGCAACGUCGAGUUGUUUGAAGAGAAAAUUGAUUAUAGCAAAACCGCGAAAUCCAAAGUCGGCAGCACAGAUAAUAUCAAGCACAAGCCUGGCGGCGGGAAUGUCAAGUUGUAUGACGCGAAAAAGGACUACUCCAAGGCUAGAUCCAAAGUAGGCUCGCUCGAUAAUGCCAAACAUAAGCCUGGCGGUGGCAAUGUCAAACUUUUUGAGGAGAAGAAGGACUUUAGCGCGACAGCUAAAUCCAAGGUUGGCAGCAAGGAUAAUAUCAAACACAAGCCCGGUGGUGGUAAUGUCCAGCUGUUUGAGGAAAAGAAGGAUUACAGCGCAACGGCCACAUCCAAAGUCGGAUCAAAGGAUAACAUCAAGCACAAAGCCGGUGGAGGACAAGAAAAGAUUUUUCACCAAGAUGUUUCUUUUAAUAACGCCAAAUCUAAGGUCGGAUCAAAGGAUAAUAUCAAGCAUAAACCAGGCGGAGGACAGGACAAGAUUUUUCACCGAGCUGUUUCCUACGACUAUGCUGAAUCCAAGGUUGGCAGCAAAGAUAAUAUUAAGCAUAAACCUGGUGGUGGUGACGUAGAGCUAUUCGAAGAAAAGGUCGAUUACAGCGCAACGGCCAAAUCUAAAGUCGGCUCAAAGGAUAACAUCAAGCAUAAACCGGGCGGUGGAACAGAAAAGGUCUUUCAUGAGGAUGCUUCAUAUGACAAUGCUCAGUCAAAGGUCGGAUCGAAGGACAAUAUGAAGCAUCGACCAGGUGGUGGCAAUGUCCAGUUGUAUGACGAGCCAUUGCGGUUUGACGAGGAUAUCCAACCACGAAUUGAUGCUGGCAAGCAAAGGGUUAAGAAGAAGGAGGAAUGCGAACAAAAGUGAUUGUCUUUCUUAUAAAUAUCGGUAUAACAUGUAGUAACAACUCUCCAAAGGUUUCUCAUAUUCAUAAAACGUACA